AUGGAUGAAAUCCUCCUCGGAUGCGGCCACUGCAAGAGCAGCAGAAGCGAGGAAGAAGGUGGAAGGGCGAUGGAAGGGGUGAUGGAAGGGGUUGUCCCUCCUGAUCCUUCAGCUUUGCUGGAUAUGGUGGCUAUGGGAUGGAACACCCCACUGGUGAAUCUUGGGGUCACUUAUCCUGCCUGCUUCUCCCCGCAGGUGCAGGGUGCUCUCUGCCUCCUACAUGUGGGAUACGAGCUCAAUAGUGGCCUUGGUCUGUACACCAAUCACUGGCAGAGAAAGAGGAGAGUCUACCACCUUUGGAAGAAGGGGCAGGCUACUCAGGAAGAGUAUAGGGAUUUAGUUAGGUCAUGUAGAAAGAACAAUAGGGGUGCAAAAUCUCAACUAAAACUCAGCCUGGCAAGUGCUGGAAGAUAUAACAAAAAGUGGUUUUAUGAAUAUAUUAACAAAAAAAAAAGAAUCAGGGAGCAUUUCCAUCCUUUAUUAGAUGUGAGGGGGAGCAUUGUUACCAAGGACGAGGAAAAACCUGAGGUACUGAAUGCCUUCUUUGCCUCAGUCUUUAAUAGUUGGUCCAGUUACCCUCAUGGCAUUCAGUCUCCUGAGUUAGAAGAAAGGGCUGGGGAUGAGAAGAAUCCCCUCAUAAUCCAGGAAAUAGUGAAUGACCUACUAAGCCAACUGGACAUCCAUAAGUCUAUUGGGCGGGAUGAGAUCCACCUGAGAGUGCUGAGGGGGCUGGCGGAGGAACUUGCCAAGCCUCUCUCCAUCGUUUACCAGCAGUCUUGGUUAAUGGGGGAGGUCCUGGAUGACUGGAGACAUGCCAAUGUGAUACUUGUCUACAAGAAGGGCAGCAAGGAGGAUCCGGGGAACUGCACGCCUGUCAGCCUGACCUUGGUGCCAGGGAAGAUUAUGGAAUGGUUCGUCUUGGGGGUUAUCACAUGGCAAGUGCAGGAUAAUAGGGGAAUAGGGUUCAGCCAACAUGGGCUGAUGAAGGGCAAGUCCUGUUUGACCAGCCUGAUCUCCUCCUAUGAUCAGGUGACCCAUCUAGUAGGUGAGGGAAAAGUGGUGGAUGUUUUCUACGUGGACUUCAGUAAGGCAUUUGACACUGUUUCCCACAGCAUUCUGCUGGAGAAGCAGGUGGCUCAUGGCCUAGACAGGUGGACUCUUGGCUGGGUUAAAAACUGGCUGGAUGGCCGAGCCCGGACAGUUGUGGUGAAUGGAAUUAAAUCCCACUGACAUCCAGUCACGAGCAGUGUCCCUCAGGGCUCAGUUUUGGGCCCUUUCUUGCUUAGUAUCUUUAUCAAUGACCUGGGUGAGGGGAUCAAAUGCACCCUCAGUAAAUUUGCAGAUGACAUGAAAUUAAGUGGGAGUGUGGAUGCGCUGGAGGGUCGGAAGGCUCUGCAGAGGGAUCUGGACAGGCUGGAGCAAUGGACUGAGGUCAGUUGUGUGAGGUUUAACAAGGCCAAGUGCCGGGUCCUGCACAACAACCCCAGGCAACGCUCCAGGCUUGGGGAGGAGUGGCUGGAAAGCUGCCAGGUGGAAAAGGACCUGGGGGUGUUGGUUGUAAGCUGACUGAACAUGAGCCAGCAGUGUGCCCGGGUGGCCAAGAGGGCCAAUGGCAUCCUGGCCUGA